GUCGUAGUGGUAACUGGUAGCGUGCCGUUCACGUGAAUGCCCGACGCCCCGGACCGAACCGCGCACACGGUCACUCGCGCACCGACGGCCAAUCGACGAACGUCAUCGACCAUCGUCAUCGUCGAGCAACCGCUGUAUAACGCAGCACGCCGCUCUUUGCUCUAUCGCGGGUUAACACUAUACGUAACCCCUAACCGCCCGCCGUCGUCGUCGAGCCUACCGAAUGCCGAACGCUCGUUACUCCGUUAAUUGCGGUGAUGGCGCGUCAAUUGUUGGACGUGUGUCGUGUUGAGCGCGUAAUUUCAAUUGUGUUCUCUAGCCGAGCAUUAUUUUUUUCUCGGAAUUAUUUAACUUUUUUCUACUCUCCGUCAUAAAUCAUAAUAUUGUUAUUGCCGUCAGGUACUGUCGGUAACGUUGCUUUAAUUGUGACUACUUUAUAAUAGGUACCUGCGCGUGUGCAAUAAUAUAUUAUUUCGUUUUGUACCGACGGUUUUGAGUUCGUUCUUUCACUCGUAGUUGCCAAAAAUCAAUUAGUACUUAUAUAGGUAUAUUGAUUUUAACUAUGUGAAAUUGGUGUUCCGUCAACCGUUGACAUAUAUGCUCGACUCGUUGUUGGGUGUAUUCAUCAUUAUUUUGUAACUUAUUGACUGUGCUGGUAAAGUUUCGUAUCAAACACAAUGUUUGCAAAAGUCAGUGUGCUGUUUGUGGUCCUAAUAGCCGCGACCACAUCCAGUUCACUCCCAGUGGACGAAAAUGACGAUCUACUGCCUACAAUGGUACCAGACAUUGGCGAUGCGUUGAAUUCUGAGCAGACGACAAAACAUACACCCACUGUUUCUUUGGGAUUGGUACAUGCCUUUGUCGCAUCACUUUCUAUGAUAAUUGUCUCAGAGUUGGGCGACAAGACAUUUUUCAUUGCUGCUAUUAUGGCCAUGCGACAUUCAAGAAUAACUGUGUUCACUGGUGCCAUAUCUGCUCUUGCACUUAUGACCGUCUUAUCAGUUUUAUUUGGAUAUGCAGCAACAGUUAUACCUCGUGCAUACACUUACUACAUAUCAACAGCUUUGUUUGCUGUGUUUGGACUUAAAAUGCUAAGAGAAGGGUUCAAAAUGUCUCCUAAUGAAGGACAAGAUGAACUUGAAGAAGUACAAGCAAAUUUACGACGUAAAGAUGAUGAGAACAAGAAGAAUAAUAAAGAUGCGUCACCAGUCACCGAGAAAGACGAUAAAUUGCCCGCGGUUAUGCCAUCCGUGGUUGAAACUAUCAACGUGACUGUUGACAAUAGUACUGACUUAAAGGAUGUAGACAUAGAACAACAGGCUCCAAAAAGAUGUCGAUUGCGAUUCGGCAGUAAAAGUUUGUUAAUUGUGUCAAAAACUCUGAUUCAAGCUUUUACAAUGACAUUCCUCGCAGAAUGGGGUGACCGUAGUCAAUUAGCCACUAUAAUUUUAGCAGCUAGAGAAGAUGCUUAUGGUGUUGCACUUGGGGGAGUCUUAGGACAUUCUUUAUGUACAGGACUAGCUGUUAUUGGUGGCCGUUUCAUUGCUCAAAAAAUAUCUGUUCGAACUGUAACUAUUGUGGGUGGUAUUGUAUUUUUAAUGUUUGCUGUGACUGCAUUAAUGUUUGAUCCGAAUGAAGGAGAAACGUAGCAUUAAGAAUGCUAUUAAGGCCAUUGCAAAUGCUCCAGUUUCAGAGCUCAGCAUACUUAGUUCAUCUGUGAUAUUUAUAUUUCACUACUGUUAUUUUAGAGUGUGCAUUCAUUCAAGUGUAAAAUUCAAUAAUUGUUGAUUUUUGUAUUAUUGAUUUAUUUAUGUUUGUUAUAUUUGUAUAAAUAAAGUAUUAUUAAUGAGAUUUAUUGCCAUGAAGUAUAACAAUGUAUAGUAUAUAAUAUAAAGGUUGAUGAUAAUAAAAUUGAUA